UUGCAUCCUCCAAGUCUUGAAAGGGGAAUCAGAAAAGAAGAGGAGAACUAUCUAAUAAUAGGAAGUAGCCAGGGAAUUAUAUAUACAUCCAUUCAUGGAGGAAGCACAUAUAAUCGAAGAAAGCUCUUCCCGUGCUAAUUCGUUUUCGUCGUCCGAAGGUUCCUCUGAUCUAGAAUCCAUGACAUUCCCUAUCAUCGAGGACGGCAGUCAUCACCAUGGAGAAUCAGAGAAGGAUGACGACGCCUUGUUUCUCGUUGAUGUUCCCAACGCUCCACCAAUCAUCGACCAAAAAGGACUGGUUGUGCCGGAGAAAAAACCGGGAGCCGAGCUUGAGGACGCCAACUUCGACUCACCAAAAUUGCAACGCAUUCUGACGCCUCAUUCUUUCGACGAAUCAAAAGAGCUCGGAACACCCAAAAAUGAGAAACAAGAUGACGUGAACAGAAGGCUGGUUGACACUGCAGCACCUUUCGAGUCUGUUCGGGCGGCCGUGACGAAGUUUCGAGGUAUUGCCGACGGAAAAACUGAAGACUCCAAGACCGUCGAGAGGCAAAAGAGUGUCCAACUUGAACUCAAGAAAGUACAAGAUGAAGUUCUAAGGUAUCAAAAACAAUAUGAAGAUGCCAAGACGCUGGAAGGACGAGCGCUGAAGGAACGAGAUCGGGUGAUAGGACUCGUGGAAGAGCUAAAACUUCAAUUGGAGACGGCAGAGGCUGAGGAGGCACAAGCAAAGCAAGACUGCGAGCUCGCUAAUCUAAGGUUGAAAGAAAUGGAGCAGAGAAUCGCUGACAAUGCAAGCGCCGCAGCCAUGGAACAAAUGGAGUUAGCCAAAGAACGACAUGCGAGCGAGACUGCAGAAUUGAAAUCGGUCAAACAGGAGCUGGAGUCCAUGCAAAGACGGUAUGUUGCACUGGUUCUGGAAAGAGACAUCGCGAUCGGGAGAGCGGCAGAUUCUAUUUCUGCAUCGAAGCAGAUCGAGAAGACCAUUCAGGAUCUGACCCUCGAUCUGAUCACGACCAAGGAAUUGCUCGAGUCAGCUCAUUCCGCACGUCUUGUAGCGGAAGAACGAAGAAUCGGUGCAGCCUUGAGCUUGGAACUAGAAAAUUUGCUCUGGGAAAUGUUGAUGAAGCAAGCUGAAGGAGAACUACGGCAAGCUAGUGAGCAAGUCCUAUCGACGAAUGAUGUGAAGUCAAAAUUAGAUAGAGCUUCAACAUUGCUAGCCAGUCUAAAAGCUGAAGUAGCUUCGCACAUUCAAGUAGCAUCAUCCACGACCGGAGAUGAACUUGAGGAAGUGAGGACUAACAUUGAGAAGACUAAUGAUAGCAUCAAAUGCUUGAGAGAUGCGAUUUCUUCACUCACGUCUGAGCUAGAAAGGGAGAAAGAAGCCCUGACGACGGAGAGACAGAAGGAAGCUUUGACAUCCGCAGUAGUCUCGUCUCUUGAAGCUGAACUCGAAAGCAUCAACAAUGAGUUGCAACUGGUUCUGAGGAGGGAGAAGGAGGCCAGAGAAAAGGUGGAAAUACCGAAGGCACUAGAACAAGCAAAUGCGGAAGCAGAGCAAGCCAAAUUAGCAGCUGCCUCGGCACGCGAGGAGCUAAGGAAGGCAGAGGAAGAAGCAGAAGUGGCCAAGGCAGGAGCCAGCAGAGUGGAGAUGAGAUUAGACGCCGCUCUUAAGGAGAUUGAGGCAGCUGAAGCCUCGGAAAAGUUGGCUAGCUCAGAAGUCGAAGCAUCGAAAGAGAGUGAACAAGCGAGAAUGGAGUGCGAGGACCCGUCGAACAGAGUAACGUUGCCACUCGAAGUGUACCGGAGACUUCGCAAGAACGUCGACGAAUCAAAGGAGCUUGCUAACAAGCGACUGAUUUCAGCCACCGAGCAAAUCGAUGCAGCCAAGGAGUCCGAGUCGAGGAGAUUACAAGAACUGGAGGAGGCAAACAAGACGAUCGAAGAAAGGAAGAAAGCACUGAAAGCCGCACUAGAGGUGGUGGAGAAGGCCAACGAAGUGAAACUGGAUGCAGAGCAGGAGAUGCAGACAUGGAGAGGCGAGCAUGGACAACCGAGGAAACCGACCGGCACGCGAAGCUUGUCUGACUUUUCUGAUCUUGGUGGUGCCAUUGGAGAAUCGGAGAGCUCCGAGAGCGACUUAGAUGCUGCAAUCGAAGAGAGCUUCACUCCCAGGUCCUGUAUGGGGCGGUCAAAGACAACCAAUGCCGUACCGGAGCCAAGACGGAGGAAGAGGUUGUUCUUCGCACGGAUAGUCAUGUUCUUGGCGAGGAAGAAGGUUCAGUCCUUGAAGUAAGAGAAGCGCGUCUUGCAGUGUCCGUAUAAUUCUCUGCGUUAUACCAUGCAGAACCACAAGUAAUCCUGCUGUGGCUGCUGGGACUUCUGCGGUCUACAACUCACGGAGCAUGGUGUUUUAAUUUUUUUUUCCUUUGAUUGAUUCAUAUCGUCAUUUCCAAUGUAAACGUUUAUAAGCUUUCAGAAUAAUCCUUUUA